UUGUGUUCCAAGUCGUACAUACAUAGAUCCACCCAUCUCUCCCGCUCGUCCUCGCAAGGAUCCGCGAAGAAGAUCCCACGGGAGGACGCGUUUGCGCAGCAGCCGAAGAAUCCUCGCUGCCUGGAUCCUCGAUAUAUCCGCGGUGGUAAGCGAGGCUCGGGAUUGCUCGGUCGUGGCUCAUUCAACGUACACCGGUUGGACCUUUCGAUCUCUGUCUUCGCUAGCAACAGGUUCUCGAGAGCGAGAAUACAGAUCAUCACCAUGGAUAUCGAACAAUUUCGUAUGCGUGGCAAGGAGAUGGUGGAGUACAUUUGCGAAUUCAUGAGUAACAUUCACAAUCGGAGAGUAACACCGGACGUUGGUCCCGGAUAUUUGAGACCCCUUCUACCAUCGGAAGCACCGCAAGAACCGGAGUCUUGGGAGGACAUUAUGAGGGACGUCGAAUCGAAGAUCAUGCCCGGAAUAACUCACUGGCAACAUCCACGAUUCCACGCGUACUUCCCGGCCGGAAAUUCUUUCCCAUCGAUUCUCGGUGAUAUGUUGUCGGACGCGAUAGGUUGCAUCGGGUUUUCAUGGGCGGCCAGUCCAGCUUGCACGGAGCUCGAAACGAUAGUCUGCGACUGGUUCGGCAAAGCUAUUGGUUUACCGACGGACUUUCUUUACUUCAACCCCGGUAGCAAAGGCGGUGGUGUGAUACAAGGUUCGGCUUCGGAGUGUAUUUUAGUGUGUAUGCUGGCAGCGAGGGCGCAGGCAAUUGCCAGAUUGAAAGAGUCACCUGCUCACGCACAUUUGGACGAAACUGCUCUUUUAGGCAAACUGAUGGCUUAUUGCAGUCGUGAAAGUCACAGCUGCGUGGAGAAAGACGCGAUGAUUUGCUUCGUGAAAUUAAGAAUAUUGGAGCCCGAUGACAAAAGCGUUCUUCGUGGCGAAACUUUACGUCAGGCAAUCGAGGCUGACGCAGCCGAAGGAUACAUCCCUUUCUUCGUCUCCACCACUCUGGGCACGACUGCUUGCUGCUCCUUCGACAAUCUCAGAGAAAUCGGUCCAGUUUGUAAGAAAUACUCCGGCGUAUGGCUACACGUGGACGCAGCUUACGCAGGCAACUCGUUCAUUUGCCCGGAACUGAAGUACCUGAUGGCUGGCAUCGAGCACGCGGAUUCUUUCAACACCAACACGAACAAAUUCUUGUUGACGAACUUCGAUUGUUCCUGCCUUUGGGUUCGCGACAGGUUCAAGCUGACCGGUGCACUCGUCGUCGAUCCACUUUACCUCCAGCACACACACGCGGAUACAGCCAUCGAUUACAGACACUGGAGCAUACCGCUGAGCCGACGAUUUCGAUCGUUGAAACUGUGGUUCGUGAUGAGAAGCUACGGGAUAUCCGGAUUGCAGGCCUACAUUCGGAAUCACGUACAACUGGCGAAAAGGUUCGAGGCGUUGGUGAGGAAGGACGCGAGAUUCGAACUCUGUAACGAAGUUGUGCUGGGUUUGGUAUGCUUCCGCGCGAAAGGCACCGACAAGCUGAAUCAGAAGCUCCUCAGCACUAUCAACGACUCCGGAAAGUUGCAUAUGGUGCCGGCCCGGGUGAAUCAACGUUUCACAAUUCGUUUCGCGCUCGCUGCGCCGAAUGCCACCGCUUCUGACGUUGACAUAGCAUGGAGCAUAAUCACGGAUUAUCUGGCCGAGCUGUUGGAGUCCAAGGACGUUAUGGACGAGCUGGCAGACAUUCGCGAGAAGAAGAGGAAAGCCACUUUGGAGCAGAGGAGGUCCUUCUUCGUUCGCAUGGUGUCCGAUCCUGCGAUUCAGCCUGGCUUCACGAAAACACCGAACAGGACAGGGGCGAAACUCGACGCUCAAGCAACGAUCGGUGGCAUCGGAUCGAAUCCUACGAACACUGCAACACGCUCGUGGAUAUCGUGGCCAUUGGCGUAUUUGAGGAAGGAUACCGCCGACACCAGCGAAUUAUCUCUCAGAUUUCGUCAUUUGGACACCAUGGUACGACUAAAAGCAAGCGGUACCGGAAGUCGCCGCGGGAGCAGCAACGGAUGCAGCCCGGAUCCAUCGCCAUCCGCCUCGCCGUCCCGCGGAAGAUCGCCAAACGGCAGGGCGUAAAACGCUUCCCGAUCGUCCAUCAUCUUUUCUUCAAGUUUCCUCAAGUUUCUUCAGGUGCAUCGAUAGGAACGAAACUUAAACAACGAGACAAGAAUCGUCUCUCUCGUAAUCGAAAUGUCCUCGAAUCGUACGGAUACUGCCGAUAAGAUUGUCGAUGAAGAACAACUGAAAGAAAUGAUGCAAGAUUCUCUGAAGGAAAAAAUUGCUCUUAAAAUUGCUCAGCAACGAACGAAAAUCUAGUGGAAAAUUGAUCGACGACCCGGUUCGACUGUGGCAUGGUUUCUCGCCGCUUGUUUCGCGUUUAACCACCCCCCCGUUCGCGACAGUUGCAAAGUUUCGCGUUCUCGAUUGAAGGAAGCACCGUCUCGAUAGAUAUAAGUACAUCGUCUUUACUUGCUUAUCGAUCUGUUUAUGUAAGUGUGCUCUCUUUUGAAUCGCGACGGAAUCCACGCGAAACAUGCUACAUAUAUAUAUAACGUAUUACUCUACAUAAUAUAAAUUACGUACUAUGUUAUAUAAAAGCAUGCUCGAUACAGCAAAAAAAGAUUUCGAGAGAAACUGUGGACCCUCGAACUCUGGUGAAAGUUUUAGGAAAC